GUCUCCACCGUGGUACCUCUCCUCACUCUCACUCUCAUUUUCAUUUUGUUUUUGCCGCCAAUUCGAAUUCUAUUCCGUCCUUCUGGUACUGCUCAGAGGAAACCAACACCCUUUUCCUCCAAAAAGAAGGUAAUCGGACAGACAGGAUGACUUCGGAAUCGGCGUCAACGCCUGGGAUUGAUGGCGAUUACGAGGCGCUGAUUUCGACUACCGACGUUGAGCUCCUGAAGAGGGCGUGGCGUAAUGAGAAGGCUGCCCCGGAGAUUCUUCGCUUCGAGAGCGCUCUCAUUCAGCGCAUCAGAGGGCAGAUCCAGUUGAUGGAAGAAACCGUUGAGGAAUUUUCAGGUAGCAGCAUUGAUCCUCUUUCGGUAUCACUCUACCAGAUGGACUUGGAUAGGACUCAGUAUUUAUUGAGAUCAUAUCUUCGGAUUCGCCUUCAAAAGAUUGAAAAAUACACAUUCCAUAUCUCAAAUAACUCCGAAGUUCAGAGCCGGCUUUCUGGACAAGAGAAAGGAUUUGCAAGAAGGUGUAAUGAAGAUUUGGAGAGACAUCUUGAGGAGAGUGUUCUGUCAAAAUUGCCCGAUAAUUACCGGGACAUACUAAAGCAGUCCAUAAUAAGUGAAGAGAAUGACAUGGUCCCAGAGCCACAUUUGGACACAUUCGUUGUCUGCAAAAGCAGGAGAUUUCUGGGACCUUUCCAACUUGAUGGCAGUGAUGAACUCCUGGAGAUGAAGCCUGAUGAUCUAUGCAUAAUACAUUACAAGUCAAUAAGGGAGCGAGUGCAGGAAGGAGAAAUCGAUUUGGUCUGAGAAUUAUGCGACUUGGCAGGGUUGUGCUAAAAGAGGAAAGGUGCUCCUCUACAAAGGAUGCUGUAACACAUGUAUUUAUAAUUGGAGGUUUGUCAUCAAUCAAACAUAUAAAUUGUAUUGGCCUUUUGUUUUUGAAUUGGUUCUAUGACAUAUUGACAUUCAUCACGAGGUUGAUUUACUGCC